AUGAAAUCAACGCGCACUAUUUCGAUCGUCGGUGUCCAUGCCGAAGGCGAGGUCGGGGAUGUCAUCAUUGGAGGCGUCCGCGAUCCUGUGCACUGCAAGACGAUGUAUGAAAAGCUUGUCUACUUUCGCGACGAGGCAGACCACACUCGCCAGCUUCUCAUGCAGGAACCUCGCGGGCGGUCAUCUCAAUGCAUGAAUAUGGUACUAGCGCCGUGCAAUUCACAGGCAGAUGCUGCCUUUCUUACACUCGAAAGCGACGAGUAUCCUCCAAUGUCAGGCGCCAACACCAUUGCGACGUCCACCGUACUCCUCGAAACGGGCAUGGUAGAAAUGAAGGAGCCAAUCACGAACAUGAAGCUAGACACUGCUGCGGGCUUGAUUGGGGUCACGGCGGAGUGUGAGGCAGGCAAGUGCAAGGCCGUCUCAUUCGACAAUGUUCCAUCGUUCGUCCAUGUCCUGGACUAUAAACUCGACGUUCCUGGUUUAGGGACUGUAUCCGUCGAUGUAGCCUGGGGUGGCAUGCAUUACGUUUUGGUCGAUGCUGCGUCCGUGGGACUCAAGAUUGACCACGACUGUGGCCCAGAGUUGGUCCGAGUUGGGGAGCUGAUAAAGAAGGCUAUUUUCGAGGCAUUCGUGCCCGUCCAUCCAGAGAAUGCAGACGUCCGUGGUGUGACCGUCCUCGAGUUUACAGAGCCCGUGCAAGACGCCCCUGAUGGUAGCAAAAUCGCUGUAAACACGGUCAUUGUAUCACCUGGUAGAUUUGAUCGCAGCCCAUGCGGAACUGGCUCAUGCGCAAGAAUGGCUGUUCUCCAUGCGCGAGGAGAACUCAAGGAAGGCCAGAUCUUCCGUCACAGAAGUAUCAUUGGAACAGAGUUUGAAUGCAAAAUUCUUGGAACCACCAAAGUCGGCAAAUUCGAUGCAGUGCUUCCCAGAGUGAAGGGUCGCGCAUGGCUCACCGGAUUCAGGCAAUCUAUGCUAGACCCUACUGAUCCCUUUCCCAACGGAUUCAGAGUUGGAGACCAUUGGCAUGUGUCAAAAUAG